AUGACUUCAUCAUUACUCUGUUAUCCUGAUACUGCAAUAUCAUCUUCUUCUGCUCUGAUUACAAUCCAGGCUUUGAGUAAAAUUUCUCGUCUAAAACCAGCUCCAUCCACAUCUUCAUCAUCAUCAUCUUCUACUACUACUGCUGCACCUAUUGCCACCGCAUCUACUGAUGCAUUAGAAAAUGAUCUUCCUGUUUUUAAUCAAAUCGAUACCUUGCAUGAAGUUCAAAUUGAAACAAGUGGUAUUUCCGGAAUGUACAAUCAGAUUGAUUGUCGUCGUUUUGUUUGUGAAACUUCAACGACCGUAGUGUAUUUUAUUCAUAUGGGAACUAUUCUCAAUAUAAAUUCUCCAUUAAAUAUUGAAUGGUUGCAGAAAAUCACGCAGGGCAAUCCCAUUGAUGUUCUAGUGGUAUCGUGCGCUUAUCCAGAUUUAUCCUUUCAUCGAUUAGAGAUAAUGAAUUGGAAUUUUCAAACCACUCUACAAAGAUUCGAAUCAGAAUUGCCUAUUGUUUUAACAAAAUUAAAGUUUGGUUUUUCUCGUCGUGAGAACCGUCAACCAAUUCUGAUAUGGAUAUCACCUAUUCCACAUACGAUUUCGAAUGACAUACAAAAUCGUCAAUUCGUUGAACUUACUGUCAUCUUUUUGAAUAUAACUAAUCAGCUCGAAUUCGUACAUUUAACACGUAUGCAUCCAUGGUGCGAUAAUUAUAAGAGUUUGUUUGUCAAAGAAAAAUGUUAUUUUUCACCUAUAGGUGAGUAUAUCAUAUCUGAUUAUUUUUCUUCAAAAGAAUCUUAUCUGAUAAUUGUGGGAUGUUUAGGAAUUCGUCAUCUCACGAAUCAAAUAACUGAAAUCGUUUCAAACAAACAACAUCGCGAAUCAUAUGUCGAUCUUCUACAACCAAUUAAUGUACCCAUUCCGAUUUCUCAACCACCAUUUCCAAUCACCGACUUAACAUUUCCUCAUCCGACAGAUUUGAAAAUUAAACAGCGAAAAAAAGGUCGCAAACGUCAUCGCAAGAAACGUCUCAAUCCCGAUGAUAAACUAAAACCAACCUAA